AUGUCCCUGUUCGUUAUCUGCUAUCUAGUCCCCCUCACGGCCAUAACUGGUCUGUAUCUCCGUGCUGGGUUCCGUCUGUACAAAAGAAGCGCGAGACGCAACCGCACGGCAGAACAAGUCUCCCAGCUUUCCACUAAGACCCAAACUGCUAACAGACCCGCUAACGUCCGUAUCUUUAGAAUGAUGGUGGCCGUCGUUGCCCUGUUUGCAUCUCUGCACUUGCCUCUGUGGGUCGCAACCCUGCUAAACGACUUCGCAACGCCUACGAAAGAGUUAGGUGUGGUCUUGUACACGUACAUCUACCCGGUUGCCCACUGGCUGGCGUUUGCCAACAGUUGUGUGAACCCCAUUUUGUACGCGUUCCUGAACAGGAACUUCCGACAAGGGUUUAUCAAAGCCUUCGUCAAGACUAAAAAGUACAGCGGAGCUCAAACACCCAAAGUAGAUUACAAAAGGCAAGGCGGUCGUGCACGACAGGACAGGGCCCAGUGUCGGCUGACACUUGUAACCCCUGAUGAAAGUCGGCAGCGGCGAGCUACCCCCACAACACCGGGAACAGCUAUGGAUGAGGUGCCCAACUAG